UCUUUGAUCAUUGUCCCGCCGCUCGCCCCCCCUCGAAAAAAAAAAAAAAAAAAAAAAAGCCUCAGUCAGCACGCCUUUUUUUUUCGGCAGCUCUUUUUACUUCCCAACUUAUCCGAGGAGCUAAACUCUCGUGGAUUCUUUCGUUUGGGGGUGUCUCGCCAGGCUGGGUUUUAUACUUUGAACUUCGGCUACUCGCUUCCCCUCUUGUAGGUGACCAUGGCCGUACCGGCUGCUCUGAUCCCACCAACUCCUCUGGUCCCGCCGCCUCCUAUCUCGACUCCCUCCGCGACGACGUCUCCGCCGUCGACAACUUCAUCACCGUCUCCAUCCCUGGCCCCCCCAUCCGGACCCGCACAGAACCUGUUCAGAUCGGAGCUCCUCGCUACCGGCAGCCCGGGCAUCCCGACCCCGAACGCGGCUCUACCCCCCGGAAAACCCGUGUACUCGACCCCGUCGCCUGUUGAAAACAUACCGCAGAACAACGAGUGCAAGAUGGUCGAGUUGCGCGGUGCCAAAGUGGCCUCUUUCACCGUGGACGGCUGCGAGCUCAUCUGCCUUCCCCAGGCUUUCGACCUGUUCCUGAAGCACCUGGUCGGAGGACUGCAUACGGUCUACACCAAGCUGAAGCGGCUGGAGAUCACGCCGGUGGUGUGCAAUGUGGAGCAGGUCCGCAUCCUCAGAGGUCUCGGCGCCAUCCAGCCCGGGGUGAACCGCUGUAAACUCAUCUCCAGAAAAGACUUCGAGACUCUUUACAACGAUUGCACCAACGCGAGCUCCAGACCCGGCCGGCCUCCGAAGAGAACCCAGAGCGUGACAUCACCGGAGAACCCCCACAUCAUGCCCCACUCGGUCCCCGGCCUCAUGUCCCCCGGCAUGAUCCCGCCCACAGUUCAUUUUUCAGAUGACUUGGCGCCUGCACACACAGAUGGAAUACGGGCCGACGGCUCAUUCCUAAGGCUUCACCAAUUCUUCGAGACUCCACGAAAAAGCCACUGCACUGGCCUGACAGCGGCGGCGGCGGCAGCUGCCAACGCAGCCAUCGCAGAGGCCAUGAAGGUCAAGAAGAUCAAGCUGGAGGCGAUGAGCGGCUACCACGGCAACGCCAACCACCACGGGGCCGACGGAGAGAAUGGAGACCUCAGCUCCAGUGUCGGCCUGGAACUCCCCUUCAUGAUGAUGCCACACCCCCUGAUCCCAGUCAGCUUGCCCCCAGCCUCUGUCACCAUGGCGAUGAGCCAGAUGAACCACCUCAGCACCAUCGCAAACAUGGCCGCCGCAGCGCAGGGCCAGAGCCUGCCCUCGAGAAUGGUCACCUCUGUUAUAAAGUGGAUGCUGGGGUUGCAGGAACGUGUGCCGGACAGUCCCUCCCCUGCUCCCUCCUUAGAAGACAACAGGAGGCCGGGCAGUCACCCGUCGUCCCAUCGCAGCAGCAGUGUGUCCAGCUCCCCAGCCCACACAGAAAGCUCCUCGGACAGGAUACCGGCACACCACAAUGGUCUGUCCAUGAACCAAGCCCUGCUAGGCCUGUCCCCCAACAUCGCACCUGGGCCUAAGGAGGGAGACCUGGCCCACGACAUGAGCCACGAAGUAAAGAGGAUGCACGCAGACAAGGAGGACCACCCAAUGUGUACCCCGACAGCACGAGACAGCUACGAGCGGUUGUCACUGGCCGGACAAACUCUGCCUCCUGGGUUCCCCUCACCUUUCCUCUUUCCGGACGGCCUGUCAUCAAUAGAGACUCUCCUCACCAACAUACAGGGCCUGCUCAAAGUGGCAGUUGACAAUGCUCGGGCUCAGGAGAAGCAGGUGCAGCUGGAGAAGACGGAGCUGAAGAUGGAGCUGUUCAGAGAGAGGGAGCUCAGGGAGACUCUGGAGAAGCAGCUCGCCAUGGAGCAGAAGAACAGAGCAAUCAUCCAGAAGCGUCUGAAGAAGGAGAAAAAGGCCAAGAGGAAACUCCAAGAAGCUCUGGAGUACGAAUCCAAAAGGAGAGAGCAGGCCGAGCAGACCCUGAAGCAGCCGUCGCCCUCCGACAGCAUGCGUUCACUCAACGGUCAGAUACUCCACCACUCUCUGACCCCUGAGAUGGAGAGUGACCGCAGCAGUGGAAGAACAGAUGCUGAAAGGACAAUACAAGAUGGAAGACUGUUCCUGAAAACCACAGUGAUGUACUGAUAAGGCCGCGAGGAGCUGGAGGAAAUAAAAAAAGAAAUAAAAAAAGAAUUCCGAAAAAAAAGAAAGAAAUGAAAACCCAUGAAGAUUCUCAAGAGCCCUUAUCCAGGCUGAUUUAGUAGAGGAAAAGAAGUCGAGCUGCUUGUAGGAGUUCAGUGGAAAUGCUGUGUUCACCCAAAUGCUGGAGGAGGUUCAGUCUGAAUGUAGAAUAAAGAAUCCUUUUUUCAUCACACAGGCCGACACCACAAUAGUUUGGAAAAAGCAGGUUUUGACGUAACAGGUUGACCAGCACGAAGGAUAAACAAAUAUAUUGAGCACAGUAAAAAUGUACCCGUGGUACAUUGUCGGUAAUAACUCAUAAAUUCACAGCACUGAAGAUUUUUAUACUGUAUCUCAGCCAGCGAGAAAGCUUCGAAAAAGAAAUCCGACUGAAGUUUUGUUUUGUAUUUCAAAUUGAAUUUCGAGAAGCUAAAAGCGACACGUGGAGACGAACCUCGUAUGGGAAAAAAAAGAAGAGUAAAAAAAAAACAAAAAAAAUGUGAAGCUAUCCACGUCGUUCGUCAAAAGAGAAGACUGAUGUUUGAUUUCCAAUGUUUUCUAAAUUAGAUGACAAUACAAUCAAGUUUCCUUUUUACCAUUGUUGUAUAUACAAGAUCUGAUGAUAAUGAUAGGCAAAACUCACUCUAUCGAACCCGAGGGGAUUGAUAAGGUAUGUGUAUAUAACGUUAAGAGGUAUUGUGUAUGCAGUAGAGCUAUUAGGCAAACAAUACCACCAUUUAUAUAAACCUCCAGUUUUGUUUUGUUCUAUCUCUGAGCCAUCAUUCUUUCCUAUAGCUGCCAUUUUGGUGAGAAAGCAUGCAGGCAUGUAAAUGUUUGUCCUGGAAUUAUGAUAUUUAAUAAAAUCCUAUAUUGUGCUGAACAAAUACUAGGGUUGACUCACUCAAGCCCGGAUGAUUUUGAAAACAUAAUUAACAAGCAUUUCACUUUCAAAAUGAAGAUUUUUGCUGUCAAUAGUACUGUAUUCUUUGUAACAGAGGUAAUAUUUCUUGGAAUUUACUGUGCAUUACUUUGUCAUGAGACGCCCUCUGCGAAAUCAGCACCUCCCGAUGCUUUUUUUUGUUUUCUCUCUCUCUCUCUUUUUUUUUUUAAAUACCCCAUCUAAUUGUUAUCAGAGAAACAAUCAGCCAACUUUGCAAAUCCCUGUUUAGCCUUCACAGAUACACUUCUUGUUUUUGAGUUUCAUGAUAUACUGAGUAAAAAAAAUACUAAAAAAAAAACAAAAAAACUUUACUGUUACUUUCCCUAAAGACUCUUGGUGCUGAAACACCUGUGUAUAUUCUCUAGACAUAAGCUGAUGUCAGUCCUUUAACUGCAAAACAGUUUAGACAUUAUGUGUUACAAUCAGGAGGAGGAGGAGGAGGAGAAGGAGGAAGAGGAGUGUCCCAUGUUCACAUUGUGUUUGUUCCUUUUAUUCUCAAUGGAGUGUCUAGGUCUGUUGUCACUGAUAACUUAUAUAGCUUCUCGAAUCAUCUCUUCAUUGUACUUCAAAUUCAAAUAAAGUUAACAUGUUGAUGAUAAA